CCGCUGACCCGGAAGCAGUCGCGGCCGCCGCCCGGCCCCCGCCGCACGCCAUGGUGUUCCUCACCGCGCGGCUCUGGCUGCGGAGCCGCCUCACCGACCGCUACUUUCGGAUCCAGGAGGUGUUGAAGCACGCCCGGCACUUCCGGGGGAGGAAGAACCGCUGCUACCGGCUGGCCGUGCGGGCGGUCACCCGCGCCUUCGUCAAGAGCACGCGGGCCCGCCGGCUGAAGAAGCGGAUCCUGAGGACGCUCUGGAUUAAUCGAAUUACAGCUGCCUCCCAAGAACAUGGCCUACAGUACUCAGCACUCAUUGCCAAUUUAGUUAAGUGCCAGGUGGAACUCAACAGAAAAGUACUCGCUGACCUGGCCAUCUAUGAGCCAAAGACUUUUAAAUCUUUGGCUGCUUUGGCCAAAAGGAGGCAGCAGGAAGGAUUUGCUGCAGCCUUAGGGGAUGGGAAGGAACCUGAAGGCAUCUUUUCCAGGGUGGUGCAGUACCACUGAAGGCUGCAGCCCUGGACUGCAAGUGGCUUUCCCCUUGUGACUAUAACUAAGCCAAUGAUAAGUCGGUGUAUGUCAAAUUUAUGUUUAUUUACCUGAGAGUAAGGCUGUCUUCCCAGUGGGAUGCUUUAAAUUUGUGUAAAUAAACCUUUUUCAGCAUUCAA